GCGAAAAUGAAUAACUACGCGCGCCUACGGCCUGGCCGCUAUAAAUCCCAGUUCAUUUUCUCUUCAACAAAUAACUGCGUCUUCUGAAAGAUUGGUUCGUGCAAAACUGCUUUUCCUUUCGUACCCCCCAUUGUUAUACUACUACUGCUACCUUCUGUUUACAAAAUGGCCCCUCAAGUCAGCGCUGUCAGUAGCGAUGACCUCUCUAUUCCCCUUGUAGACUUCUCCCUCUUUCUCCACGGGACGCCCGCCGAGCGUCAAUCCGCCGCCGAGGCCAUCCUCCACGGCUUCCAAACCGCGGGUUUCAUCUACCUCUCCUCGCACGGCAUCCCGCUGCCCGUCGUCGACAACGUCUUCGCCACAUCCGCCAAGUUCUUCGAGCGCCCACAGGAGGAGAAGGAGAAGCUGUGUUGGACUACCCCGCGCGCAAACCGUGGCUACGUCCCCCACGGCCGCGAGAAGGUCACCCAGCUCGUCUCCAAGGAAGAUGUCGCCAAGCUGAAGGCCCAGGCUCCCGAUCUGAAAGAGACCUUUGAGAUUGGCAGAGAGGGCGAGGAGGGUUUCCCCAACAACUGGCCCGUUGGCGAUGAGGAGGCCGUGCGGUUCAAGGAGACUAUGACGAGCUUCCAUGACCAGUGUAAGCAGUUGCAUAUUGAGGUCAUGCGAGCAAUCGCGGUAGGCAUGGGCUUGCCAGAGAGCUACUUCGACGGCUAUACCGAUGUGGGCGACAACACCCUGAGGUUGCUGCAUUAUCCUGGUGUGUCGAAGGAAGUUUUUGAGAAGAAUAAGUUGCAGGUUAGGGCGGGUGAGCAUACCGAUUAUGGGAGUAUUACGCUGCUGUUUCAAGAUGACAGGGGCGGUUUGCAGGUCAAGAGUCCCAAAGGAACAUUCGUGGAUGCGACGCCAAUUCCUGGAACUGUGGUCGUUAAUGCUGGCGAUUUGCUGGCGAGGUGGAGUAACGAUACGAUUAAGAGUACAAAGCACAGGGUUGUGGAACCACCUGCUGGGGGAGAUUUCCACCCGGCCCGGUAUAGCGUGGCAUACUUCUGCAAUCCAAACUUCAGCAGCAACAUCACGGCAAUAGAGGGAACGUAUGGAGGCGACAAAGGAGAGAAGAAGUACCCUGAUAUCAAUUCUGGGGACUACUUGGUUCAGAGGCUGGCUGUAACCUUUUGAGCUUUUAUAGGCCAUUUAAUAGCCAUCAUUUCUGCCAAUUAGCGAAU